GGACGGGAAGUGGGGUUCCCUCGCCGCCGGAAGUAGGAAGUGCCCGCUUCUCGUGCUUCGCGGAGGGGAGAAGAAGGAGCCAGUUCCCAAUCAGCUUUUCCCGAACUGUGAAUGUACCAAGGAGUGAAAUCAGCACUGGAUCCACAAUCCUUGAACUCAGAUGACAUUGACUGUCCCUGGAAACAGCUUCUGAGAUCGCGGUCGCACUCGGCAAACAAUUCCUUGGAUCGGACGCAACCUCUGCAGGCGGAUUGUUACCCUGAGUUAAGAGAAAAACAUGUCGCAGGCCACCAAGCGCAAGCACGUGGUGAAGGAGGUCCUGGAGGAAUACGUGGUGCCUUCCGAGAGGCAGCAGGUCGUCCGGGUCUUGGGCACCCCCGGCAACAACCUCCAUGAGGUGGAGACCCCCGAAGGGACCCGUUUCCUUGCCAGCAUGCCCACCAAGUUCCGGAAGAACAUUUGGAUCAAGAGAGGCGACUUCCUGCUGGUGGAUCCCAUCGAGGAAGGGGAGAAAGUGAAGGCGGAGAUCAGUUUCGUCCUCUACAAGGACCACGUGCGAUACCUGAAGAAGGAGGGCUAUUGGCCCGAAGCCUUUUUGGACGAUGCCGGCGGAACUCCCCGGGACGUGAAAGAGAGGGACAGGGCUCCGAGCCCACAGCGUUCGGCCGGAGAAGACGACUCCGAAGACGAUGACGCCGACCUCUUUGUCAACACCAACCGGGUCAACUACGAUUACGAAGAAGAGAGCGAAGAAAGCAGCGAUUCGGAGGAAGACGAGGAGCAGGAGGAGAAUGAGAAGUAGCGGCUUUGGGAACUUAUCUCCAGGCAGGUCUGGAUUCCUGGCCUUUAAAAAAUUUCUACUUUAUCAAGGAGUGUUUUGAAUUGUGUGCCAGUUCUCUUUUCUCAUCUCUUUUUUGCCUUGUUUAAUAAAUAUGUGCUCCAAACGGGA